AUAAUGGGUCACCUGCAGGCGGCUGUGUGAAGCAUCAACAUAGCUAUAGUGACCUGCUGUCUUCUGAGUAUCUUGAGAGGCAUAUCGAGCAAGGUGGGAAGACAGUGGAAGUUAAAGGAGGAGAACAUUGCUAUUAUCAGGGAAAAAUUCGAGGAAAUCCUGUAUCAUUUGUUGCCUUGUCAACAUGCCAUGGAUUACAUGGGAUGUUCUAUGAUGGAAAUCAUACUUACCUUAUUGAGCCAGAUGAGAACUACACUUCAGAUGAUGACUUCCAUUUCCACUCUGUUUACAAAUCCAAGUUGUUUGAGUUUCCUUCUGAUGACCUACCAUCUGAGUUCUGGCAGAUGAAUGCUACAUCACAGAAUUUUGUUGUAAGGCCAAGACACAAAAGAAGGAAAAGGCAGGUUCGUCAGAUUCCACGUAAAGUUGAAGAAGAAACAAAAUACAUUGAGUUAAUGAUUGUAAAUGAUCAUCUAAUGUGUAAGAAGCACCGCUUGUCAGUCGGCCAUACUAACAGCUAUGCUAAAUCAGUUGUGAACAUGGCAGAUUUAAUAUAUAAAGAACAACUUAACACCAGGAUAGUAUUGGUUGCCAUGGAAACCUGGGCUACUGAUAACAAGUUCACCAUAUCUGAAAAUCCCUUGGUGACCCUGCGUGAGUUUAUGAAAUAUAGGAGGGAUUUUAUCAGAGAGAAAAGUGACGCAGUUCACCUUUUUUCGGGGAGUCGAUUUCAGAGCAGUCGAAGUGGAAUAGCCCACACGGGUGGAAUCUGCUCCUUGCUUAAAGGCGGAGGUGUGAAUGAGUUUGGAAAGCCAGACUUGAUGGCAGUUACCCUGGCACAGACCUUGGCCCAAAACAUUGGCAUUUUCUCAGACAGAAGAAAAAUUAUAAGUGGUGAGUGUAAGUGUGAGGACAUGUGGUCUGGAUGCAUAAUGGGAGAUAUGGGGUACUAUCUUCCAAGCAAGUUCUCUGAGUGUGAUAUUGAAGAGUAUCAUGAAUUUUUAAACAAUGGAGGUGGUGCCUGCCUUUUCAAUAAACCAACCAAACUUCUGGAUCCUCCAGAAUGUGGCAAUGGCUUUGUGGAAGAUGGAGAAGAAUGUGACUGUGGGACAAUAGCAGAGUGUGCCAGUGAAGGAGGAGAGUGCUGCAACACUUGCACCCUGACAGCGGGCUCCCAGUGCAGCAACGGGCUUUGCUGUCGGAAGUGCCGGUUUGAACCUAAAGGAGUUUUGUGUCGAGAAGCGGUGAAUGAUUGUGAUAUUGCAGAGAACUGCACAGGAAAUUCUAGUCAGUGUUCUCCUAAUAUUCAUAAAAUGGAUGGAUAUUCAUGUGAUAACAAACAGGGUAUUUGUUUUGGAGGAAGAUGUAAAACCAGGGACCGGCAAUGUAAAUAUAUCUGGGGUGAAAAAGUGACGGCUGCUGACAGGUACUGCUAUGAGAAGCUGAAUAUUGAAGGAACUGAGAAAGGAAACUGUGGAAGAGACAAAGAGUCUUGGAUACAGUGCAAUAAACAAGAUGUGCUUUGUGGAUACCUUCUAUGCUCCAAUAUAUCCAGUGUGCCCAGACUUGGAGAACUUGAUGGUGAAAUCACAACAUCCAUCUUGCACUUUGGAAGAGUCUACAAUUGCAGUGGUGGCCAUGUGAAGCUUGAUGAGGAGACGGACCUGGGAUACGUAGAGAACGGGACACCGUGUGGGCCCAACAUGGUGUGCCUUGACCAUCGCUGCCUCCCCACUGAGGCCUUCAACUUCAGCACCUGCCCAGGCACUACAGACAGACAGAUUUGCUCAGGACAUGGUGUUUGUAGCAAUGAAAUAAAGUGCGUCUGUGACCGAUUCUGGGGAGGAGACGACUGCAGUUCUCGCAUCAAAGAUUAUCUGUUUUUUGAUAAAGAUGCCAUCAAUAAAGGUGUGGUUAGCACAAAUAUAAUAAUAGGGGCUAUUGCUGGCACCAUUUUAGUGUUGGCUCUCGUUUUAGGAAUAACUGGUUGGGGUUACAAAAACUACAGAAGACAGAGACAAAUACCCCAGGGAGAUUAUGUAAAAAAGCCGGGAGAGGCCGACUCUUUUUAUAGCGACAUGCCUCCUGGAGUCAGCACAAACUCUGCAUCUAGUUCUAAGAAGAGGUCAAAUGGAUUAUCUCAUUCCUGGAGUGAAAGGAUCCCAGACACAAAACAUAUUUCAGACAUUUGUGAAAAUGGGAGGCCUAGGAGUAAUUCUUGGCAAGGUAAUAUAGGAGGAAACAGAAAGAAAGUCAGAGGCAAAAGAUUUAGGCCACGGUCUAAUUCAACUGACCGGGUAACCCAUGCAUCUGAGCCUGGGCUUUCUCUCGCCCACCAAACCCCUGCCCAAGGCAUAAGCUCAGGGGGUUCUGACCACCCCCAAACAGGGAGUCUGGAUCACAGGACACUGUCUCCUGCAAAGUCUCCAUCUUCAUCCACUGGAUCUAUUGCUUCCAGCAGAAAAUAUCCUUACCCGAUGCCACCACUUCCUGAUGAAGAGAAAAAAGCCAACAGGCAAAGUGCCAGGCUAUGGGAGACAUCCAUCUAGCUGCACUGUUUUCCUGGGGUCACAUCAGAACUGUUUACUUUGGAUUUUAUAGAAACUCAGCAUCACUGAGUCAUUGCACAUUCAUCUGCUCUUCAGACAAUUUGAAAGAUCAACAGAGAUGCCCUUGAUCGCAGUGAGAACUUCCUCUCAUCUGGAAGGAAAAAAAGCAGUCUUUUUUUUUUCUUUUUUGUUGACUAGUAUUUUACGGAUUUGAUGAACAACCAAAAUCAUAACUAAUAUCAUAAUUAAUAGAGGAUAAUUAGCCCGGAUGUGACAAGGCUAUGCCGCAUGGUGACAGAUACACUUACCUAGAAUCCCAACUGCAGUCCAUUUACCAGUCCUGAAUAAGAGAGGUGUUUCUCUGGUUUGUUGCAGUCCCGAGUCAGACCAAAAUGGAACUGGGAAUGUGCCUCCCGGAGAGCCCAGACGAUGUAAACUUGUACGCUGUAUGCAUGAACCUUGUGUUCUUUACUUUCCACAUGUAAGGGAUAAACAACAUGCUGUAGUAGAGAUUAGCAUGCAGGAGUAAGAAAUGUAGGAUUUUUUUUGUGACAGGAUUUCAAGCUUUGAAAGGCAACUAUUUGACACAAAUGUCAAACAAACAAGGAUCAUAUCUUUUUUUUUUUACCUUACAUGUUUAUAAUCUCAAUAUACAGAUUGUAUAUAUGUAAACAUUUGAUAAUGUCAAAAAUAGCUGUUAUAUGUAAGUGUAUUUUGCCAAAUGCCUAAAGAAACAGUCAUGACUAACAUCAUCACACUUCAGAUUUUCUAAUAUUACGAGCAGACAUCUUUGGAAAUACUGAAAGUACAGUACUGUAAAACUGUGUCUCUCAGAAACUGGUGUUUGACCAAAAUCUGUACUAUUUUUAACCAUCUUAUACUGUCUUGACAAUCUCAGUUGUACAGUAGACUGCAGAAACCGGUACAGCAGCACUUUGUCUUAAAUUAUCGUAAGAGGAACCAGCCAAAAUCCAUUGUUCAGUGAGAUGAGCACUGUAUCCUCUCACAGGUGUAAUCAAGAAUGAUUCAGCAGACAACAUAGUCUUUAAGUCAUGUGCAGCCCAAACUUACUGGACAUUUGGGAAUACUUCUAAGUAGUCAGUUCAGGAUGUGGUGAUGUGAAGUCUGUCUGGUGAGAGUUGCUGUGUAUUUUUGAUAGACCAUUUCAGACACUGUUUUAGAUGGCAAGGCAUAGCUUAUGAGAAGUAUAAGGAUUUCACUGCACUAGAUAAUAACAGUGCUGGGCAAGUGGCCAGUUUCAUUGCUGUCUUUUAAUUUUAUUUUUUUUUACUGGAAUCACCUUUACCAUGUGCUUGAAUGCUGUGCUUGCUGCCCCUGAAGACCCCUUGACAUUUUUUGGGGCAUUAAAUUGAGUACAAGUGAGUUUAACCUAAAAAGAAUAGGGUGGAGGGCAACAAAGCCUUUACCAUGGAGAUGUUGAUCUCCUGAGUCAGUGGAUGGUUAUAUUUCUAACACCUGAGACUUCUAAAGGUUGUUGUAAAACAAAUAUCUUCCGUUUGGGAAUUUUCAGUUAGUAAAGGAACUGGACCGUAUUAAAUCAAUGUAUAAUUCUCUGGCUUUCCAAAAUUGACCGAUUCCUAGCUUCGGGUAGCACCAUUGCAGAAUAAAACACCUGACUGUGGUGCAGUUGAAUACCUUGCCCAACAGCAGUGUGAUCAAUUAGAUAUUAUUGUAAUGGGAACAUCUGUGGUGUUUCUGAAUCUUCUACCUCUUUCAUGUAUUUCCUUUAAUAAGUGACCCCAACACUUGCAACCUUUUAAUAUAUUUUUUUAACUUUUACGUCUCUCAAUAAAGUUAGAUAUAUUAAGAUUAAACUAAGAAAUGUUUAAAGAUGUCAGCAAGUGUAAAGUAUGUAAGAUUUUUAGAAGCACUAUAUUUUAUGAUUAGGCUGUAUGUUGGAUUAUGGCAAAAUAUUGGCUUUGGUGUUCAAAUGAUUUUCCUUCACAGCUGACAGGUUCUGGUAAGUAUUUUGGAAAAAGACAAAUGUGAGUGCCAUUGGGUGCAGACAGACCAUCUGGAAGGAGCCAGUCACUUGUAAUUGCUUUAGGAAAAGGUUCUGCACUUUUAUGAAAGGUAAAUAUCCAUCAGCACUGAAGAAUAUUUUUGCAAAUAUUUACUUUGAGUGUAGAUAACUGGAUUAAAGAUAGUUGGUAGCAUGUAACUCAUGAAAUUAGGGUCUCAGCCAUAGUAACUUGAAAUCAGUAUGUCUUUUAUUGAUUUCACUGGACUUUAAGCAGGACUCUCAAGAAGUUCACCCACAUUAGGACAUUAUGCUAACCCUAUAGCCACUGUGUUACUCUGUUCCCUGGAAGCUAGUUUUCUCUCCCAUAUUUAUAUCUUGUCUUCAGUAACUGGACUGUUCAUCAUGUGCCUUUUAUGGUAUUUGUUUGGAUACAAACUGGUGUGUUAUUUUGAAUAAUUCUGUUAGAGUUCUGUGCUGAUCUUAUGUUUACCACUGUUUACUCUUCCCUUUCCAUUUUGCCUUACCAAGGAGCAGCAAGGUUUGGCAGACAGAACUGGAUAUAACAUACUGGCUCUUUGUGCAAUGUUCAUAGCCCCUUGUUUUGUGAACAAAUGGCUCUCCUGACUGUAUUUUCAAUGUAGUGGGUACUUCCAGCUUCUCUUUUGUUUUGGUAUAAUUUGUUUGUAGCAUAUGAUGGUACAGUUAUGUGUGUAGUGUACCUUUAACAGUCACCUUCAAAUCUGGAAAUAUGUAGUGACUGGAAGUCUAGUUAUGAGCACUAAGUUUAAGUUAAAUAAAUAUUGACUUUCACUUUGGUCUAGAGUGAGAAUAUCACAGGACUUGGAUUUUUGUAAAAUUCUGCUGCAGAGAAUUUUCUGUCAGGUUGGUAACUUGGGAAACCUUGUCAUUGCACAAAACCUGAACUGGCAGGGCUGUGUGAGCCUCCCAAGCCACUGGAGGUUGGAGAGAGAAGUUGUUUACUUACAGUCUGUCAUUUCCUACUUCUAAAAUGUAGUGUGUUGGAAAGCUGCCAGAUUAAUAACCUUGAAGAUUGCAAAUAUUUUUAUCCACUAUAGUUAGUUACACUGGCAUUAGCAAUAUAAAAUUGCUGCAUAAUACCUCAUCCAGACUAAAGUAGAGUACUUGUCACUAAGAUAGCUCAGUGAUUUUGACUCAUUGAGACUCAUGCUUUUAUUGUUUUAUUUUAAUUUUAAUAAAUGAACUAGUUAUUGCCAGCUACACUGCAGAUGCUUGUUGAAGUGGGGAUGUUAUCAGUUCUUCUCAAAUAGAAAUAAUUGUUCAUAUGAGCAUAGGACCUGCAGGAUGAGUUAUAGCUGGCUUUAUGUAUUUCAAUGUGGGAGAAGAAUCUUGCAUAAUUUAUAAUGAAAUUAGUAUGGCUAACUGAUGGAGACUGGAAAAUGCAGAUCAUAUCCGAAUAAUAACGUUGCACAGUGAUGCCACAGUCUAAUAAGUAAAAAUUUUCCUGCUAAUAUCUGUAUUUGUUGAUUCAAAAACUUAGUAAUCUCAGGCAAUAUACCAGAAAUGGUUGUGACUGAUAAUUUAUGUAUAAUUUUGUUAUAUUUAAGUAAUUAGAUUCAAGGAGAUUGUUAAUUUUGUACAGCCUACCUUUGCUUAAGUUGUGAACUUAAGCCACUACUUGCCAGUUAUCUGAUUUGAAGUGUGACUUUACUUUGAAGAUGGCUUCUUCCAAAUGAUUUAAGAGUUCCUGGUUUAUGAGAUGUUGAAUCUGCUGAACUGAUGCGCUCAUGAAAUAAUUUUGAUUGUGUUGAUGAACAAGUGGACUUUUGAGCUAUAUCCUGAAUUAAAAUCAGAAAGAAAUUGUGUCAA